AAACAAAAAACAAAAAAGAAAAAUCUUUUGCUUUCCCAAUCAAGACUUAUUUCAACAAAGAUUCAUUCAAUAAUACAUUAAUGUUAAAAAAAAAAAAAAAAAAAAAUUCAUAAAAAAUAAUUCAAAUACAAAAAAAAAAAUUAAUUAAAUAAAAUAAAGUUACUGCGUGUUAAAUUAUUUGAGCACAAAAACUCAUAUAAUAAAUUAAUAUCUUAUAUAAGUAGUACAACUGCUCUUAGUCUUUACUAACACCAUCGCAGCUACUGCGGGUUGCGAAAAGCAAAAAGAAUAAAAAAAAAAAAACACUAACUAUUUGUCGUAGUCAUCUAAUGACAGCACAAGUACAUGUGUUGUAAUUGAUCCAAGUCAACAGCAGCACUUCUUUCAACACUUAAUAAUGUGCUUUUUUAUAUUUUUAUUUGAUUUUUAUAUAUCUUCUUUUCGAUCCGCGACUUUAAAGACUUCGAAGGCUUUUCUCUUAUCUUGAAGAUUUAAUGGAGUGGAUAUUUUGAAAGCCUAAGGUUAAAAUGAUGUCUUAUAAGAAAUUACGCACGGACCUGAAUUUUAUGUGAAUUGCAUUCGAUUCGCGUACACUUUUUUCAAAUAUAAAAACAAAACAGUCUUCAGCGUCUUUAGAGUUAACAAUAAAUUUCCUCUUUUUGUUUUUUUUUUUUAUUAUUAUUUGUUUUAUGUAUAAUGUUUUGUUUGUACUUUCCAGCUUAACAACUUGCCAGCUCCUAAUUUUCACUUGGGUGCAAUUUUAAUUAAAUGAAAGAUGCAAGUUGUAAAAGAGGGAAGAUUAGAAGUUAGUUUAAAAAGUAAAAUUAACGUGAAGUCAAAUUUCAAAUAAAUAAAUACAAACGACUAAAUAAACAUUUGAAGUUUAAAAAAUAAACAUAAUAAUAAUAUAAUAAUAAAAAAACAAAGUUCAAAUAAAUUGGUUUUAAGAAGUGCUUACGCUAGAUUUCUCUUCUCGUUUAUAUGUUUAAUUGAGAAAAUCAUUUAAAAAUUACAAGGAAUAGAAAAUGAAUGCGAUAACCACGCCACCGACGAAUCAAGAAAUUCGUAUCGUAAUAAACGGUCGACUCACAGGCGGCCGCGAAUAAUUACAUUAAUUUGACGUUAAAACAAUAACGAAUAAUAAAUAAUGACCGGCAAAGAGAUAAGAACUCUGCCAACAUUUACAACCGAUAUAAUAACAGCAGCGGCAGCAGCAACAGCAGUAACUGAAUUAGCAAUAGCAGUAAUAAUAGCAGUAGCAGCAGCAGUAGCAAUAAAAAUAAUAACGAUAACGAGACAAACCAGCAGAAUAUAUUCACAAAGAGUAAUAAGAAAAUCAAAGCAAUUAACAAAACAACAACAACAAAGACUGCUAAACCAACGGCAGUUGGGCAAUAGAAUAGCAACAAUUGUGAAAACAAUUAAUACUCUUUUUAACAGGAUAACGUCGGAUAUCCGGAGACAAAACUUGUCAUCUGUGCGUUAACUCGUAAUUGAUACGCAACUAAGCCAGAAAAAAAAAAAUAAAAAAUAGGUCUAUGGAAAUCCAAUUAAAAGAGCAAUCAAAGCCAUUGCCAUUAAAGUCACCACCACUACCACUACCGCUACAAUUACCACAACCGCAAAAAUCAUCAUCAUUACAGCUAGGGGAGUCAGCGACGGCAUACUGCAUUUGUUGUUGUGAUAAUGAGGAACUUAGUCGUUUAUCUUUUAAUUUUCGGACUCUACGCCAUGCAGACAGUAGUGGGACACAUGAAUAGUGAUCCAGCGCCAGGACGUUCACCGGGACCACCUAUGAUUGUUACAACAAAAGCCGAAUUAACAAACACAGCAGAAGAUACACAUUUGGCAGCCGCUCAUUACGAUGAUAUUAAGAUAAAUAUAACUGCAACAAUAAAAACUACCAAACAACCAACUCAUUACCAUCAUCAACAAAAGCAAUAUAGGAAUAUCAACGACUAUAACACGAAUUUACCAAACGCAUCGUCGCUCGGUAAAGAUUUGCCAUCAGUAGAGGGAACUAUACAACAAGCAGAUGAUGAUGCUAUUAACUUUCGAUUAGCAAAAUCUGAAAAUAAUUAUAUGCCGGUCAACGAUAAUGUUGACAUUGCCAAUGUCGAGGUCAUCGACGAUGACAACAAUGAUAGUGACGAGAACGAGGACGCGACAGUAUCGUUUGCCGAGGAUGCCGAAAUGACAUCAAAUAUAGAUUAUAAUGCUACACGAGAUAAGCUAAAUAAUUACGCCGCAGAAGCUGAACAGAACGAGGAAAAUGUAUUUUCAACAUCAACCUCGACAUCAAGAACAGUACAUUCAUCAUCGAUGCAAUCGUCGGCGGUGCAAUCUGCCUGUGCUUCACAGUUAAGCGAUUUUCUCGACGACGUGCCCGUAAUUGAUGCUGUCGAUAUGGCAGAUCAAGCAAAUAGCACCAGUAUACCGCAAGGAUUACAAAUCCAAUUAGAGCUGUUACACGAUACCUUUGAUACAACCACCACAAAUUUUGGCAUUAAUUGCGGUUUAAUGUACAAAGUGCGUUUAACGACAACUAUGCCGACAUUAACAAAAACAACAAAGACAACAAAUUCAGCAACGACAACAAGUACACCACUAUCUACCUCUUCAACGUUGUCAUUUUCAACGCAAUCAACAUUAUCUUUAUUCUCGCCCUUGUCGCCGCCGUCAUCAUCAUCAUCAUCAUCAUCAUCAUCAUCACCAUCAUCGUUUGCAAAUAAAACGCAAUCAGCAACACCCGAUGCGCAGCAAAUUGUAGCACAUUACACAGGAGAUUUUCAUAUUGAAACCGUUUCGCUGCUAACCUCCAAGGAACGCGGCAGCUUUGUUAGUGAUUCUUUGGAUAACAAGUUGCCAAUUUCAUGGUUUGCCAGUGCAACUGAACGCAGCGGGAAUUGGCAGACCAAGAAUACCUAUCAGCAACAAAUAAACCAACAAUUGUUUAACAAUGAAUAUGCAGCUGCCUCCACCUUUACAUCAAACGAAUCUUCUGGAGAAUGGGAUGAUAUUGAUAAUCAAACAUCUAUUGAUUAUAAUACUGACGAUAAUCAUCAGCUUCAUUAUAUUAGAGAAGACAAUUUAACGUUGAGACGAAAACGGCACGAUGCUUACGAUGCGUACAGUACAACUAACAACAAGUGGCGUUCUCUUCAACAUAAAAGACAAGUUGACGGUGCAACAGCAUUGCACGAACGAUAUAAGCUAAGUGAAGGAGAAAACGCAAAAAUAUGUCCAGAUAAUAAAUGGCGUGGCAGUACAAAAAGUAUUAUAAAUGCACACGGCAAUCCAGCAACGGAAUCCUUGAGUUUAUGGCUGGUAAAUGAACUCUGCGAGCAGGAGGACAUCAUCGAGUUCAGAGUAUUUUUUCGUUUGAGAAUGAGUAAAGACAACAAGGGGGAGAACGCCAAUAACAUCAGUCACGAUAACAGGAAACACUACAGCGUACACUCGGAAGGCAGUAACUAUAAUGAAGCGACUCUUAAUCGAACACCAACGCAAAACUAUUCGGUGUUAAUGUAUAGGAAAACUUUUCAAUUUAAAUUGCGAAAAGACUGCCAAAUACUACUAAAAGAGACAUCGGUGGGUAAUUUGGAUUAUACAACGCUACCUUUAUACUGUGUCGAUUGUACAGUACAUUUUCCUCUGUUUGGAAACUUAGAUCAAAGAAAUUCGCCAAAUGAGAGCCAAAUUGAGGAAGAAAAAACUGAGCGAAAUCAACCGCCAGGUAUUUUAGUCGAAUUACAAAGGCUUAAUGUACCCUGUGGCAGUGGCGGUUAUGUACGAUUUUCUGAACGACGACCGCUAUGUGGUAAAUUGGAAGAACUCAAUGACAACGAUCGUGUAUAUCAUUUCGAUGUGAGACAUCGUACCAGUGUUCAGUUCUAUAGGAACCCAAUGUUUAGUUUGUCAUUCAAAUUAGUCGAUUAUUGUUAUAAUGUGACGACUAGCAAUGAAACGGGAGAAUUUUAUAUACGUCCCAGUGUACGGGAUGUCAUGGAAUGUUAUUUUCGCAUACAUUUGCCCUAUGGUAACAGAGUGCUUUUGAGAAUGGUUACGAAUAACGACAGCACUAUUAUGCCUUCCUUUUCAACUACUAGAGAGGCCUUCAAUGAAGCUGAUAUGUAUACAAUUUUUACCAGUUACGGCGCAAAUAUAGACACACAACUAUUAAAUUUAACUUUGAGCGGUCCCAGCAGUUAUAAUGGCUUAAAUUUACCCGCUCUCUUAAGACUGCCAAGUAUGAAUUACUCAAAAAGUCUAAAAGAAGAGGCGAACAAAGCUUUCAUUAGUUUAGGUUUGGAUGCUUUUGGCUUUCUGGCAGCCAGCAAAGCGAACAUGCAAAUGGCUUUAACGAACACUGCAAAUUGUGCUGGUGUUAUUAUAAAAGUAUUUGAAAAUGAUCAUUCCAAGUGGUCACAUUGCGUAAAUAAUACUAAGUAUAUGCGCGGUUUUAUUUUGGAGUCGUCCAGCAAUAUUCUUAGUGUGCAUCUGUUUCGUCCGGCUUCAAAAAGCCCAAAUAGUAUGACGUCUAACUCUCAAAAUACAUCACAUCCGGCUAUUUAUCUAUCAUAUCGGGCUCGUCCAAAGCCUGAUAUUGUGUCAAGCUGUGCCUUUGGCUGGAUAGCAAUGCAACAAUUUUGCAUUGCGGCCAUUGAAGCGAUUAUGACCUGGCAUGAGGCCGAACAGCGCUGUGUUCAAUUGGGCGGCCAUUUAGUGUCUAUACGGAACGAACAGCAGCAACAAACAAUUAAUGAGCUAUUACUAAAUAGUCCCGGUUAUGAAGAGCAAAGCGCCUACUGGGUCGGUGGCUCUGAUAAAAGCUACGAAGGAGAUUUCCGUUGGAGUGAUGGUCUAAUGUUUCAAUAUACCAACUGGUUUCCGGGUUGGUCGCAACAUGGUCACUACAACAAGCAGCCAAACGAUGAUGGCCUAAGUAGCCAAGAUUGCAUAGAGUUAAGGCGCUAUUUUCGUACGCCACCCGGUGUACAAACAAGCCGUGGGCCCCUUACAAGUAAAUAUAUGUGGAAUGAUCGCGACUGCAAUGCAAAAAAUGCUUUAAUAUGCGAAAGAGCUAUGGGCGAUGAGUCUUAUCGUCGCAGUUGGCUAAAUGAUUGCAAUAAAACGGUGUCUUUGAGUAAAGAACAUCCGCGCGCUUCCAUAUGGAGUCCUUCCUUUCCGCGCCAAUAUCCCGACAAUGCCAAUUGCUUCACCACCAUCACUGCUCCCCAGGGCUAUCGCAUUGUCAUAGAAUUCGAAGAGCUUGUUAUUGAGAAUGAGCCAGGUUGCACUUACGAUUAUCUUGAGAUAACAGAACCGAAGUUCUCUGAUUCGCUUAGAUAUACAAAAUCUUCUUCCAGACAGCGCAUCACAAGUCCAAAACUGCUUAACGUAAUCGACCCGAAACACAGCAAUACAAAUAGUAAAAAUAAUAUUAACUAUGUAUAUAAAUAUAAAAAUAAUAAUAAUGUUAGCGAUAAUUUAAAAAUACUACGCAAGCGAAAUUCUUAUGACUCAUCAGUACCAGCACAUCAACUCAAUUCUGCUGCUUCCAUUCCAUCUUCGUCGUUAACAUCCUCAGCAGCUGUGUUUCAUUCUGAAUACGUGCCGUUAAAUACCGACUACAACAACUACGAUAUGGCGCAAAAUAAUUAUAAAAAGCUUUUACAAGUUUACUCAAGUCUUUAUGGGCCACAAAGCAAUUUUAUUGUGAAAACACCAGAUUAUCCGCACGGUAAUCCUUACUAUCAUCGUGCGGCGACAGCCCAUACCGUUAAUGACGAUAACAGCAAAAACAAAAAUUAUGAAAAUAAUAAUAUUUUACCGAAACGUUUGUGCGGAGAUUGGAGUACGAAACUGAAACUUUUACGUUACGUUUCGUUAAGUUCAUAUUUAGGCUUACAUUUCGUUUCCGAUUAUUCGCAUCAUUUCGGCGGCUACAAGGCCAAAACCUAUAUGGAAAAUAGAAGUUAUUUGUUGCGUGCUGCAUCUGAGUGCGCAAAUGAACGCUUGAAGCCAUACAAUGGUUCCUGUUAUUUAUUCGUUUCAUAUCCGGAAGUUGAUUGGUGGACAGCGCAACAAGUAUGUCGCGGCAUGGGUGCCAAACUGACAUCCGUCUCAUCGGCCGAUGAACAUCGAUUCAUAACUUCGAAUAUACGCAAUCAAAUUGAUUAUUCACCGCAAUUGAUUUACUGGCUGGGAGCUGAAUUAGAAAAGAGCGGUCAAUUUGAAUGGACAGAUGAUACUAAAAUGAAUUUCCAGGGUUGGCUACCGGGCCAGGGUCAAUUUAAUGUAUUGCCGUCAGAUGCCAUUUGCUUGGGCUUACAAUGGAAAAUGUCUCCCACACCAAUGCUGCCUUCUGGUUUAUAUUGGCAAGCGCAAAAGUGCAAUAAAGUUGGCGGCUACGUGUGUAAGAAGCCAAAAGAAUCCUUUGGCAAUUUCGCUUUCAAUAAUUUCACAAUAACUGGAACAGAAGGACGUCUUAUGUCGCCAGCUUACCCGAAUAAUUAUCCGUUAAAUAUAGAUUAUUGGAUACAUAUCAAGGCACCGUUGCGUACUCGAAUUGUUGUGCAAUUUCAAAAGAUCGAUUUAGAGCCACAAGAUGAAUGUCUUUACGACUAUAUCAGCAUACAGGAUUAUGAUAUUGUAUCGAAAUUAAUGCUUGAGCCCGGCACCAAUACAAUGCCACUGGCCAUGUUAAUGUCAGAUGAACAAUAUAUUAUGGAUGAAACUAAGAAUAACAACCGGAACAGAAACAUCAAAAGCAAUGCAAAUGGUAAUAACAAUAAUAACAACGAGAGCAACGAAAAUAUUUCCAUUGAAAGAGAUAAUGAUAGCAACAUAGCCGACAAAAGCAGUUACACUAACAAAAAUAUAAAAUUACGACGUAGAUUACGUAGACGAACGAAAAGAGAGACAAGUACAAGAAAAGCAACAGUAAACACUGCCAUGCCACAAGGGCAUCAACUGUUAACGAAAAUGGAAAGGAAAUGCAACAUCCAAUAUGUUACAACAACGUUAAGGUCUAUGAAAAUUCCCUGUGCAAAUAUCAUCCAUGGCGACGACCACGAACGACAGGAUCAAAGUAUAAAAGUAAAGAAUAUAAAAAGUCGUAAAAUUAUCAAACGAAAUGACAACAGGAAAAAACAUCAAUUUUCGCAAAAAAGAAAACUUAUAAGUAAUGGCGAAUACGGACGACAGCCUUGGUACAACAAGAGUCUUUACAAGAAAAAUUAUUUUACGUAUUUUACGUAUAAUCACAACGAUUUUACUGAGUAUCCAAAUCGAAAAAAACGAAAAAAAAAUCGAAAGGGAUUUCAAUUGAUUGGCGGCGAUAUGGAAGUGAAACGUAAACGACGCAGUACUAUAGUCGGUGAUGAGAGUACCCCAAAUGUGGAUAACGCUCAGUCCUUCCUGCCCUAUGUACGAUGGUGUGGCGCUCAUGAUUCGAAUAUGUCCAAAUUUGACUUUGUUUCCAAUUCAAAUGAAGUGGUUUUGAAUUUUCAUAGCGAUUAUUCAAUAACGGGGCUGGGAUUCGCUGCCGUGUGGAAAGCAAUUGAUAUCUCUGGUUGCCCUUUGCGUACAUUAACGUCACGUGAGGGCACUAUUUAUAGUCCAAAUUUUCCCCAUUUUCUGCUCAACAAUCUCAAUUGCGUUUACGUCAUACAGGCUCCGGGGGGUCGUCGCGUUUGGUUGGAAUUUACCGAAUUCGAUUUUCAAUCCGAUUCCUUGUUAGAAGUUGAUAUAGGUAAUGGCUUUUUCAGCCCAUUUCGUUUAGUGCAGCAUCUAAACGAUGGAAUGUUUGUUAGCUUGAAAGAGCAAUUGCGCAUACAGUUCCGUACCGGUCAGCAUCCGCGAGGAAAAGGAUUCCGAGCUGUCUACCAUACAGUGGGGCAAACCGAGCGACGUGAACGUGUCAUUAACUUGACCAAUAAUGACACCGGUUACCUCUAUCAAUUAAACUAUCCGCAUGAUAUGCCCGAGAAUGUUGAUUUCACUCAACACAUACUGGCACCGUUUGGUCAUAACAUUUUACUGGAAAUGCACGGUGUGGAAUUCACUGAGAAUGGCUGCCAAGAUAAUAAUCUACUAGAGAUUUAUGACAAUUAUGCCGACAAUAAUGGCACUAAAUGGCAAUUAUGUAAAUAUAAAAAUGCUAAUGCACCAAACCGAAGUCCCAUUGAUGAGAAUUAUCACGUUGCCUCUGUGCAAUAUGCACAUCGACGACCGUUGCGUUAUCGAACCAAUAGCAAGAGCAUUAAAAUUACAGAUAUUGAUGACAAUGGCAGAGAAAUCAUUUCGUCAGAGCCUGACGAUAGCAGUAAUAUGGAAAGUUCGUCGGUAACUGUUGCUGAAUAUUUAUUACGUCAGCAAUUCAGGCCAAUCCCACCACAACCACCACCCGUUUACAUAACAUCUUAUUUGAAUACGUUAUAUGUACGUCAACGCACCACUGCCAAAUCUCAUGCUAAUCUCAAUUGUACAAUACGUUUACAAUGGGAUAAUAACUACAAAAUGAAAUUAGCAUCGGGUGAUAAAACUGUCGAGUCUUGUCAACCAAAUCCUUGUCAGUACAACGGUAAAUGUUUAAUAAACAAUGGCACCAGCUAUUGCCAGUGCCAGGGCCAUUAUACGGGUAGAUUUUGUGGUUUAAACUUAUGCGAAUUGGAGCCUUGUGUCUUCGGUAAAUGCGAAUUAACUACCAAUAAUUUUAAGUGUAAAUGUCAGCCCGGUUAUAUGGGCAUAACAUGCGAACAAAAGCAACGACCAUGUGCGGAUAAUCCGUGCGAAGGUCGCGGUAUUUGCCACGAGAAAAAUAGUGGGUUUUUCUGUCGGUGUUACGCAUGGUGGGAGGGUCAAAGAUGUGAGAAACGUAUGCUACACAUACCUUACAAGCCGCUUUCUGAACGUAUGCUACAGGAGCCUUUCUGGUUGGGUCUAAUUACCGUUUUCGUUGUAUUGGCCGUAAUCGGUUUAGUCUGGUGCGCGAAACGGCAUUUCCCCGAGAAAAUUGAAAAGCUAUUAGCCGAAGAAGCAGAUCGUAACAGACCACCUGGUUCCAUACGGGGACAUCAUCAUCACACAUCACUGCGCGAACAAUUGCAAUUUACAACUGCCAUACCACAGUCGACCGUCAAUAAUGCACCGGGCGCACCGCGUUCCAUAUUCAACAGAUUGGGUAUAAGAAAACCAUCAAUAUUGAGCCUCAGCAGCCCCAAUCCUAUACAAGGAGGGGGAGGGGCAGCAGCGCGUACAUUUUCACUUGACGAUCUGUUACGACCGCCUCCCCGACGUUCACCUUCGCCUCGCAAAAAACGCAACAAUUCUACGCCAGUUAAGAAGAACGCAGCGGAAAAAAAACAAAUACUGCAACAAUUAGUUUCCCCAUCAGCCGCCCAAGCCAAGCCCAAAGUUAGUUUGGGCGAAUUGAUAUCCUUGUCGGAGAGUCGUAUACGAGCCUCUAACGUCGAUUCCGAAAGCGAUAUGAAAGAAACUACUUUCUCAGAGAAUACGGGUUCUUUGACUUCGGCCACCAUGGAACGCGUUAUCCUUAACGAUCCCAAAUUAGAGAAGAAAGUCACAUUCGCUCGCUUAUUAAGUAAAGUAUCAGCGGAAAUGAGCUCGGGUUCUGAGGUAGAUAUCGGACCAAUUGCGGCAAAACGCAAUUCAAGUGCUAUAAGUCUACCGACUGACUUACAAAUGCAAACCAGUUCUAUGCCACCCUCACCAUGCACCAACGAUAUACGUUCGCCUCACAGCACCUCAUCUAAUCAUGGCAGCGAUUCGCUUUCCAGUUCUGAUCUGGCGCUCACCGAUUUCGGUUUGCGUUCUAUACAAACUAGUGCCAGUGAAAUUACUAGCACUAGUAAUCAUCAACUGUCGUUGGGUGGUAUGCCGUUGCGUGGCCGUAUUGCAGCUGGCUCACCAGCUCGGGCGAAAGUGUCUAGCGCUGAUUCUAUACUUGCCAUGUUCCGGAAUUUGGCCACAACCGUACCGACCAUCUCCAAAACAACAGCUACGGCUACAGUGCCUUUAUCGGCGACGGUGUUUGUAUCUCCCUCCACAACACCCACCGUUUCAAGUCCGCAAGACGAUGCGCCCGGUGAUGAUGAAUCUUCCACAUCGUCUAUGCAUACACCGGUGAGCUUAUCAAGUGGACCGCCCGAUUCACCAGUGUUCUAUCGUCAAACCACAACCAUAGAAGUGCCUGUACUAGACGUUUUAAACGCACAUAAAAGUUCAUCCAGUUCCUCAUCAGUAGCAUCCACAUCUUCAACAAAUAUGCUACACCCACCGACCAUACUGCUGGAGAUACCCAUCAGUGGCAUCAAUAACAAAUGCCUCUCGCCUAUAAGAGAAAUGCCGACGCCAAUACCAUCCCCGGCCCUAACACCAAUAAUGAUGCGUCCUCAACGUUCGAAUAGUCCAAUAUUCCAACAGGAACCAUCAUCUGGUGCAGAGUUUACUGAUGAUGAUAAUGACGAUGAUGACGGUGAUGAUGAUGAAGACGAAGAGAAAAGUGAUCGGAGUGAUACUCAACUAUCGGACAAACUAGUUGCCGGCCAUUCUAAGGAAAAAAUGCGCCUAGUGGACUCAGAUGUAGAAACAACGCCAACUGACACUUGUACUACAUCUAUAGCGGAUUUUAAUAAACAGACGAAUUUUGAUGUUGGCAGUAAGCUAUCACCAUUAAAUAUAACAGCAGCCAUUGUCGCACCGAUGGAGGCUCUUGUAUCAACCUUACCCAGCAUUACUAUUGACAUCGAGCCACCGACACCGGAAGAGAAGCAAUCACGUCCUCGUGACUUGGUUAUACCUACUCUGACCGUGGAACAGGCUAGUCCCACCAAAACUCACCAUCCCAUGGUUAUAUUACCAGGAUCACCACCGCCACAGCGUGCCAGCAUAGGUGAAACGAGUUUUAUGUUUCCAAAUAAACAGCAACAAAAAAGGCUCUUAAAACAAUACGAGAAACCCACUUCGUUGGAAUAUUCAUUUACACCACCCAUGAUAACAGUGACUUCAAAUAUGAGCGAAUUAGAAUCGGACAUUGAGCCCCUAUCCCCGGCUACCAAAGUCACUACCGGUAACGGUCUGGUUCCGCCAAAUCCAGUUGGCAUGUGUUACCUGAGCCCUUUCGCCAUGUGUACACGAGCAGAUCGAACUAUAUCCGAAAGCAACUUGAGCUCGUCGGGUUACUCUAGUAUGGCCAGCCCAGGGCCAAGCCGUUGCGGUUCAAAUAAUCCUUUAUAUCCUAAUGAAAUGGAUGAACCGGGUAGCGGACAUGCGAGCGCGAAUCUCUCACUUCAUGUUAAUUUAUUGAAUAGACGGCGGAAUUCGGCUUUACCAAGUUGCAAGGAAAAUAUUAGUAACGGAAAGAGUGCAGCAGAAACUGCAGAAGGAGGAAGUGCGGAACAUUUAAACACGCACCGUCCUAGAUCCGACUCAGAGACCUUUUCCGAUGAUAUAUUGGUCGAAUCAAAUGACGAAGGCAUUGGCACUGAUCCGGUAGAUGAAAAACUUGAUGAAACCCGGCUAAGUAGACAUCGGUUUGAUACGUUGCUAGACGAUGACGUGCUAAUUGAAGUAGAUGAACCAACUAUUUCGGUCACCGGACCCACACUUACAUCCAAUGCCAAUACUAUUACACAAAUGGCGCAAUUACAACUACCUUCAAUUGUGAUACAAAUUGAUGGCAACGGAGGAGAAAAAUCUCUGUCACCGGUAUCAUCCCGUUCCGAAAGCCCUCUCAGUGAAAGAGCCAGUAUGGGAAGAUUCUCACCCUACUUUUACGGGCGCAAAGAUCAAUUGCCUUUCACUGACUCUGACGGUCUGUAUGAUUUUCCCUCGUCUGAUGGCAAAGGCACAUCAGGUCAAAUGUUCUCACAUCAACGUCGCAGCAGCAGUAAGAAACGUGAGCGCAAAUCUUCAAAAUGUUCCGCUACGCAAUCGCCUACGAAACAAGUUGAUAUGCCAUCAAAGGAAUCCUUAAACAUUUCUUCAACGCCCAGCAGCAGUGUUCAUGUUUGCAACAAGCAUUGCCAUUCACAUCAUCACCCAUGCUCCGCCAUCACCGUGACCAGCCGUAAAAGUCCCAAGAGACGUUUGCAAAAUCGCUAUGCAGUAGCAAGCAGCUCGUCAUCAUCAGAAAGCUUAAAUUCUACCAAAGAUUUGAGUGUAAGGCAAUUACCCAGACGACUAAAUUCCCCAAAUCGUGAAAAAAGAACGCGAAGGCAGGAGAGCCUUAGUGAAGAUGAUGUCGCCGAUGCUCUCCUAAGACGUAUAUCGCCAAGCAUAGUCAAAGAAGACGACCCAAUACGUCCCACAUGUAAAAUUAAUCGUCUGCGAGCUAUAGGAAAUCAAAUCAGAUUUUUAAGACGGUUAGAGAAAUCGAUAAAAACACGAGAACGUAUAGCUUCUCCGACAGACAGUUGCCCCGAAGAGAAUACCGAUGAUUUGGACUCUCCACGAGCUUCUUCGCCACUUCUGCAGCCGCUCUCCCCUAAUAAAACACGUUUGACGUUGUGCCGACAAAAACGCUUACCAAGUGGUACGUACGGUAUAACUGCGGCUGCUUUAAACUCGACCACCUGGAAGGGGACGGAUCGCAGUUUAAUCGCCGAUGACUUAAACAGUGACUAAAUAAAUUUUUAACGUAAAUCGUUUAAUUCCACCAACAGUUCAGCGUAUGUUUUUUCUUUCUUCUUAUUAUUGCUAUAUUAUGAUUAUUUGGAAUUGAUUUUAUUGUGAACAUCUUAAGAAAUGUACGCAUUCAAUAGCUGUCGCCACUAUAGAAACACGCAACUUUUCGCAUAAAAAUAAUUUCAUUCCAAUUAAAUGUAAUUCGAUAUAUUUCAAGGGAAGAGAAGAUAUAUAGAAAUAAUUUAAUGUUGUGACGAUAAGUACACUGGCUCACUAAAAACAAUUAUAUUUUGAUCUUUCAACCAUAGAAUACUGAUUAAGAUUAGUUUAAGGAAUAAAGCGUAGAACAAGCCU